AUGGACGAGAACAUCAGCGAUUCGGAGGAGAUCGGAGACAACGUGGAUGUGGUUUUCGAAGACGACGAAAAUGGGACUCACGAAGAACCGAACAUGGACGGCGAUGAUGGAGUUGAUGAAUCCGAGGGAAAAAUAAUCGAAGACGAUUCAACUUCGGCUCUUUACGCUCACGAGAAGGACGUCUUUUGUGUGGAAGCGAGUGGAACGCGUUGGAUAGGAAGCGGUGGAGAAGAUGACAUGGCUCAUAUUUGGGACCUCAGCGCCUCUCCUACCGAUCCGGUGCUUUCCAUUCAACAUAACGAUUCCGUCGUUUCAAUCGCUUUCAAUUCGACAGGAACUCUCGUUGCCACUGGGGACAUGUCGGGGCGAAUCUUCAUCACUCAACUCAGUGACUUGUCGAAACGAAGUGAAAUCAGUGAUUGCUCGGAUAUUGAGUGGAUGUUCUGGCACAAGUCAUCUGACAUUCUGUUUGUGGGGGACUCUGAUGGUUCGGCGUGGAUGUGGCUCAUAUCACAAACCGGGAUCGCACAACAAAAAGUCUAUUCGUCGGGUAAUGCCACUACUUCUUCCGGGCUUCUUCUGCCUGAUGGCCGUCGAUUGCUUGUCGGAUACGAUGAUGGGACGCUGAAACUGUGGCAACUGCAAAAUCAGACGAAUUCCGGGAUUACUUGUGAUUCUGCAGUUCUUUCGAUUGCUCACUCGGAAACGCAACCUUUGGCUGCUGUCGGAACAGCGAAUGGGACUGUAUAUUUGCUCAAUUCGACAGUGGAUGCAAAUCUGAGAGCGUUGAAAACUUUCGCAACAAGUGACCCCUCUCAAGCUGAAGACAUGGAAACUGAAGAGACUGAACGUUCAGUUGAAUGUCUGACUUUUGCAAAGAACAUUCAUGGA